AACGACACUGAGCAGAUGCUAAGAGCAGCAAUGGAGGUCCUGUUUGUUGCAGUGUUGCUGUUUGUUGGAGCGAUUGCCCGUCCCAACGGUCCUCCAAAUGGAGGGGGAAACUUUGGGCCAAACGGAGGAGGAAGGUUUCCUAAUGGAGGAGGAAAUUUCCCCUUUGCACCUAAUGGAGGAGGAAAUUUCCCCUUUGCACCUAAUGGAGGAGGAAAUUUCCCCUUUGCACCUAACGGUGGAGGAAAUUUCCCCUUUGGACCUAAUGGAGGAGGAAAUUUCCCCUUUGGACCCAAUGGUGGUGGAAACUUUCCCUCUGGACCAGCGCCUUCUCAGCUGAACUCUUGGUAUGGUCAGGAUGAUUCAGAAGAACAGGGUCCAAAUGGUUUUGGACCUUCUGAAUUCCGAGGAGGUCCACAAGGAGGUCACAGAGGUCCACAUGGGGGUGGAAGACCUGGCGGGCCAUUUCGCCCUCCCUUCCGUCCUGAUGGAGGAAGACCAGUCCAGCCCAACAUCACAUUCACCCCUCUGUUCCGGAUUGACAAUGUGACAGCUCAGAACAUCAGUGCCAGUGUGCCCCUGAAACAGGGAGAGAAUGUUUUCAUCCUGCCAGCUGGUUCAAACGGACCACCUCAGCGUCGACCCCCUGUAGCUGGCCCUCAGCCCUACUUCAAGAUCAUCUACAACCAGAAUUCCACUAAUAUUGCAUUUGAAUUUGGGACGGCACAGUUUGUUCCCCCUCUUUCGGUAUUUGGCUCAGAGAGCGAUGAGUAUCGUCCGCAUUAAGCCUUAAGAGAUUAUCUGUCUACAAUAACACAGGUCAAUAAACGUCUGAAGGUCGUGGACCAUUAUGAGAAUUUAACACCUUGAGCAUAAUUUAGAAUUGUGUACUAUACUUUACUUAUUCUAAACCGUUUAAAUGCAUGCAAUGUCCUUAAAAACUGAGAUGCACCUUUCAAAUAAUGACCAUGAUGUUUUUAAAACAUUAGGAUGGAUUAUAUUUAUCUGUGUUCUUGUUUUAAUCUCUAAGGGAUGGUAAGGUGGAGGGUAACUUUUUAAAUUACAAAUUUAUUCUGGAUAUGAAAUACCUAUCAUUCAUUCAAUAAAAAUUUAAAUCAGCAUCUA